AUGGACCUUCGAGUUCCCAGAGGGCCGGCGGUCAGCCAGGACUUGAAGGGGGUUGCGUUUGGGAUUCCGUCCGCUGGGAGCGUUAUCUCAUCAGUGCAACAGCAGGACUACUCGGCAAGCGUGUGGCUUCGCAGGAGAGACAAAUUAGAACAUUCUCAGCAGAAGUGCAUCGUGAUUUUUGCCCUGCUGUGCUGUUUUGCUGUGCUGGUGGCGCUCAUCUUCUCCGCUGUGGACAUUUGGGGUGAGGACGAAGACGGCAUUACGGAGGACAACUGCAACAGGGACUGCAGAGCGGUUCUGGUGGAGAACAUUCCGGAAGACAUCGUCUUCUCGAACAGCACCGCGUCCCACCUCCCGCUGUCGGAAGGGCUCUUCGGCCUAUUGGAUAAGGCCAUUCGUGUUGUGGAGAUCGUUUCCCCACUGUGGCUCCUCAACUCCUCUGAAUACGAAUCCAGUUUCCAGCCAGCAGCUAGACAGGGCAGACUACUGCUGUCUAGGCUGCUGGCGUUGAAGUCCAGGAAAAUCCAAUUGAAGAUAUCCAGUGGGAUCGUGGACUCGGCGGAGCUCAAGAUGCUCGCCAGGCAUGGUGCUGAGGUGCACUAUGUGAACAUGACAGCUCUGACGAAAGGUCACCUCCACUCAUCUUUCUGGGUGGUUGACAGGAGACACUUCUACAUUGGCAGCGGCAGCAUGGACUGGAGAUCUUUGGCCACAAGAAAGGAGCUGGGUGUGUUGGUGUACAACUGCAGCUGUCUAGCUCUGGACCUCCAUAGGGUGUUCAACAUCUACUGGGGGCUUCAGUACAAGGAUUUCAUCCCUUCCUUCUGGUCCAAACGUCUUUUUGCCUUCUUUAACAAAGACUCACCUCUGAAACUCACCAUAAACAGCUCCAAGGCCCAAGCAUAUAUCUCUACCUCCCCGGAUGUUUUCAUUCCCAAAGACCGUAGCAGUGACCUUGAAGCCAUUUCGCAAGUCAUAAAGGAUGCCCGUCACUUUGUAUACAUCUCCAUCACAGACUACUUGCCCCUGCUCAACACUAGUGCUUACAGGUACUGGUCUCGUAUCGAUGGUUUUAUCCGGGAGGCUCUGAUCCUGAGGAGGGUACGCGUGCGUCUGCUGAUAAGUUGCUGGGAAGACACUCAUCCGCUGACUUUCAACUUUGUUUGGUCUCUGAGGAGUCUGUGUAUGGAGCAGACCAACUGCUCCUUGGAAGCUAAGUUCUUUAAUCCCAGAGUGCAGAGGGAUGGCAGUCUUCAAGAAAUAAACCACAACAGGUUCAUGGUGACAGAUAGAGACAUUUAUUUAGGUAAUCUGGACUGGGUUGGAAAUGAAUUCACCUACAAUGCGGGCAUAGGCCUGGUCAUCAGUCAGCCAGAGGGCGUUGAGGAGGAGAAGAACUCCACAGUUGUGGAGCAGCUCCGGACCACUUUUGAGAGGGACUGGUUUUCCAACUACGCUCGCUCGCUUCAGACCAACAAAAUUCCCAUCUGUAGCAAGCACCAGAUGAACAGAGCAGUACCAGCCAAAGGCAGGCAACUUGAGCAGGGUCUGCUUUUGCUACUUGAUGUGCAGCGUCACUGCCUGGAGCUGUGA